AUGAAGAUUACCUCCCCUCAUCUGAUGAUAAGCAGUCUCGUUUUCAGGUCCAACCUCAGGCUGAUCCCGCUUCUGCUGCUGUUUCUUGGUCACUCUCGCGGGAUGCCACACGUUUUAAGAUUCGGAGGAAUAUUUGAAUCCAUUGAAAGCGGCCCUUCUGGAGCAGAGGAACUAGCCUUUAAAUUUGCCUUGAACACAAUCAACAGGAACCGCACCUUGCUCCCCAACACCACGCUGACCUAUGACAUCCAGAGAAUAAACAUCUUCGACAGCUUUGAAGCCUCCAGGAAAGCAUGUGAUCAGCUUUCCCUUGGGGUGGCGGCCAUUUUUGGCCCCUCACACAGCUCAUCGGCCAAUGCAGUCCAGUCCAUCUGUAACGCUUUGGGAGUGCCCCACGUCCAGACCAAAUGGAAGCACCAAGUGUCGGACAACAGGGACUCGUACUAUGUCAGCCUGUAUCCCGACUUCUCCUCCCUCAGUAGAGCCAUCCUCGACCUGGUGCACUUCUUCAAGUGGAGAACAGUCACUGUGGUGUAUGACGACAGCACAGGUACAGGUCUCAUUCGGCUGCAGGAGCUGAUCAAGGCACCGUCACGAUACAACAUUCGUUUGAAGAUCCGACAGCUGCCCACGGAGACCAAGGAUGCCAAGCCACUUCUGAAGGAGAUGAAGAAGGCGAAGGAGUUCCAUGUCAUCUUUGAUUGUGGACAUGAGAUGGCUGCCUGGAUCCUUAAACAGGCCCUGGCCAUGGGUAUGAUGACAGAGUACUACCAUUAUAUUUUUACGACCCUGGACCUUUUUGCCCUCGACAUGGAGCCGUAUCGUUUCAGUGGAGUCAACAUGACUGGGUUUCGCAUCCUCAACACAGAAAACUCUCAGGUGUCGUCAAUCAUCGAGAAGUGGUCAAUGGAGCGGCUACAAGCCCCACCCAAACCGGACUCGGGCCUGCUGGAUGGAUUCAUGACGACGGAUGCGGCACUGAUGUACGACGCCGUGCAUGUGGUGGCGGUUGCGGUGCAGCAAUCACAGCAGAUCACGGUCAGCUCUCUGCAGUGUAAUCGCCACAAGCCGUGGCGCUUCGGAGGACGUUUCAUCGGCCUCAUCAAAGAGGCUCACUGGGACGGUUUGACAGGACGUGUUCUCUUCAACAAGACCAAUGGACUGAGGACAGAUUUCGACCUGGAUGUCAUCAGUCUGAAGGAGGACGGGCUGGAAAAGAUUGGAACAUGGGAUCCUCCCAGCGGUCUGAACAUGACAGAGUCUCACAAAAGCAAGACAUCCAACAUAACAGAUUCUCUGGCCAACAAAUCCCUGCGUGUAUCGACAAUACUGGAGGAGCCAUAUGUGAUGUUCAAGAAGUCAGAUAAGCCUCUGUAUGGAAACGAUCGUUUUGAAGGCUACUGUAUCGACCUGCUGAGGGAGCUCUCUGGCAUCCUGGGGUUCCACUAUGAGGUGCGACUGGUGGAAGAUGGGAAGUAUGGGGCGCUGGAUGAGGCCACGGGCCAAUGGAACGGCAUGGUGCGGGAGCUAAUCGACCAUAAAUCAGACCUGGCAGUGGCUCCUCUGGCCAUCACCUACGUGAGGGAGAAGGUCAUCGACUUCUCAAAGCCCUACAUGACGCUGGGGAUAAGUAUCCUCUACCGCAAGCCCAACGGCACCAACCCCGGGGUCUUCUCCUUCCUCAACCCCCUCUCACCCGAUAUCUGGAUGUAUAUUCUGCUGGCUUGCUUGGGUGUCAGUUGUGUGCUGUUUGUCAUAGCCAGGUUUAGCCCUUACGAGUGGUACAACCCGCAUCCAUGCAACCCAGACUCGGAUGUAGUGGAAAACAAUUUUACGCUGCUCAAUAGUUUCUGGUUUGGAGUUGGGGCUCUCAUGCAGCAAGGCUCAGAGCUCAUGCCCAAGGCCUUGUCGACACGAAUAGUGGGAGGCAUCUGGUGGUUCUUCACCCUCAUCAUCAUUUCCUCAUAUACGGCCAACUUGGCUGCCUUCCUCACUGUGGAGAGGAUGGAGUCGCCCAUAGACUCAGCCGAUGACCUGGCCAAGCAAACUAAAAUCCUGUACGGUGUGGUGGAGGACGGUGCCACCAUGACCUUCUUCAAGAAAACAAAAAUCUCCACCUACGACAAGAUGUGGGAAUUCAUGAACAGCAGGAGGCAAUCUGUGAUGGUCAAGAACGUGGAUGAGGGCAUCCAGCGCGCCUUGACCUCAGACUAUGCCUUCCUCAUGGAGUCCACCACCAUCGAGUUUGUAACCCAGCGCAACUGCAACCUCACCCAGGUCGGAGGCCUCAUAGACUCCAGAGCCUACGGAGUGGGAACACCUAUGGGAUCUCCUUACAGAGACAAGAUCACAAUAGCCAUUCUGCAGCUCCAGGAGGAAGGGAAGCUGCACAUGAUGAAGGAGAAGUGGUGGAGAGGAAAUGGCUGUCCUGAGGAGGAGAGCAAAGAGGCCAGCGCUCUGGGGGUGCAGAACAUCGGCGGGAUCUUCAUCGUGCUGGCUGCAGGACUGGUGCUGUCAGUGUUUGUGGCAGUAGGGGAGGUGCUUUACAAGUCAAAGCAGAACGCCCAGCUGGAAAAGCGAUCAUUCUGCAGCGCCAUGAUGGAUGAGCUGCGUGUGUCACUGAAGUGCAAACGUCGUCUCAAACAGAAGCCUCAGCCGCCCGUCAUUGUCAAGACAGAGGAGGUCAUUAACAUGCACACGUUCAACGACCGCAGACUUCCAGGAAAGGAAACCAUGGCAUGA